AUGAUUUCUCAUAGCAACCUGAAAUUCCGGUCUUCCAACAACGACGUUGACGCACAGUUAAGUACGCACCAUCUUGAAGAACAAACGAAGGCGCGCAACGCUCUGCUGAAGAUUGUGACGACCGUCCAGUAUCUAGCGCAGCAGGGACUGGCAAUACGCGGCAAAGAGUCAAGCGACGGUAACUUCAUGAAGUUGUUAGAGCUGCGGAGCAACGAUGACGUCGUGUUACAGAGGUGGUUGACACGCACAACUUCAUACACAAGCGUUGCCGUGCAAAACGAACUGUUAAAAAUCAUGGCACACAUGGUGCUGCGAAAUAUUUGCAAGAACGUGGGCCUUUUUGCAGUCAUUGUCGACGGAACCCAAGACAUCCAAGGCGUUGAACAGGAGGCAAUAUGCGUGCGAUAUAUAGACGACGCUUACGACGUUCACGAGGACUUUAUCGGUCUGUACAGCGUAUCUGAGAUGACUGGUGCCAGCCUCAGCAAUAUGCUGCAAGACGCGUUGCUCAGACUCAACCUCCCAAUCACGCAUCUGAGAGCGCAAACGUAUGACGGAGCCAGCAAUAUGUCGGGCAAAUACCAAGGCUGCCAAGCACUGAUCAAGAAAGUACAACCACUGGCAAACUACACGCAUUGCGGUGCACACAUCACGCACCUCAUCUGUGCGAAGGCCAUCGAGAGUGCACCGUUCCUUCGCGAUGCUCUUAACGUGGUGCAGGAACUGGGCGGCUUCUACAACUCAUCAGGCAAAUUUAAAAUUUGUAUCUCGAUCUGCAAGUUAUGGAUGAUAGCCCUUCCCCUUCACGCCUGA